GUAUAACUCGUAGUUACAUUUGACGCUCAGGAGAGGCGUAAAUGUAUCUUUUGGAGUUUUAGCUACAACUCCUAUCCAUCGCUUUGACCACAGUAAAAACACGUCCACGUGAACAGCUAUAAAUAGAAUAACAGUCGAGUAAUGAUUGCGUUACUAAAGAUUUGGAUCUCGUGAGGAAAGAUCUUUACACUUGUCGCCGUCGAAGCUCGCGGACGUACUCAGCGAGUAGUCUGCUUUGAACAAGAACCUGUCACUCAAAUGUCGCUGUAUUCCUGUGACGAUGAAUAUGAAGUAGUGGUGAUAGGAAAUGGUCCUAGUGCUUUAAGUCUGUCCUAUUUGUUAUCUGGAAAUGUACCAUACUACAUUCCUCAUCAGCAUCCAAAUGUUAUUCUUGACCAGAAGCUGUCCGAGGAACCUGGAAAAUCACUGCUGGACACUGAUUUGGAGUACUUGAGUGAGGGAUUAGAAGGGCGCUCUUUAAAUCCUGUUGCCCUGUUGUUUGACCAGUUACUACGACCCAAUGCUGACCUGGGUAAAGACCAAGGUUCGUGUCUCAAGUGGCAUCACAAUGAAAACAGAGCUGUGAAACAUCUGGUCAUGGGGAGUGGGCCCCCUGGUGGAUCUUGGCAUCAUAUGCAGGGAUCCCAGCUGACCCUCAGCCUUAAUAACUGGCUUGAAUUACCAGGGUGUGAUUUUCAAGACUGGUUAAGGGCUCAUCGCUCUUCAACUGUGCGCAAACCAUGUAAUCUUGUCACAAAUGGAGUGAAAAGUGAUGGUUACAGUUAUGAUCGGGCAACAACAAGCCACAUUGCAGAAUACUACAAGGACUAUGUCAAUUAUACCAACAUUGCAUCAAACUUUUGGAAUGAUGCCAAGGUGUUGUCAGUCAAACGUGUAAAUCCUGCUGAUUAUACUAACUGCCACUGCAGAAUGUCUAGCAUUCACAGAGAAGGCUGCUGGGAAAUUCAAGGUGUUAGGGAGACUUUUUCGAGCAUGCCCGAACUGUUUGUUGUGCAUGCAUACAAUGUUGUCCUUGCCACAGGAAACAAUGUCCCAAAGCUGCUAGGAAUUCCUGGAGAAAACCUUCCAUUUGUCUGCCACAAGAUGGAUCGUAUAGACAGUUAUUUAGGAGAACUUAGUGAGAUUGCACAUUCAAUGGACCCAUGUCUGGUAGUAGGGGCAGGAUUAUCUGCUGCUGACUGUGUCUUAGCUCUGCGCAAUAAGGGUGUCCCAGUCAUCCAUGUGGUGCGCCGGAAUGGAAAUGAUCCUAAAAUCAUUUACAAUCAGCUACCUGGUGUGGUGUACCCAGAGUACUACAAAGUGGGCCAAAUGAUCAAAGGUGAGGUGACCACAGCAUAUGGAAAAGAUUCCUCCUAUGUGGCUUACACCAAGACUACCCUAGUGGAGAUUCGUAAAGACAAAGAGUGCAUUCUGAAGAAGGCUGAUGGAACCCUCUUUAAGCAGAAGGUCUCAAAUGUUUUUGUGUUGGUUGGUGCAGUUCCAGAUCUUUCUUUCCUGUCUGAUGUCAAUACUAGUGAACUUGGAAGUAAUCCUGCAAAGAAAAUUGAUAGCAAGGGGAAUCCUAUCAAUAUUAAUCCCUUUAGUUAUGAGACUGUUCUGGUACCAGGCUUGUUUGCGGUUGGCCCUCUGAUUGGAGACAACUUCGUCCGCUUUGGCAUUGGAGGUGCACUAGGUAUUGCAAAUCAUCUCAUGAAGGAAGAGGAAUAGUUUUCUCUCUGAACCUGGGGAAAAAAAACUUAGCACAUGGUGGAAUAUAAGAUUUAUUUAAAUAUUUAGAUGUGUUUUUUAUUAACUUUAUUCUAAUUUAAUAAUUUGUUGGUAAGACCUCAAAAAACCAAUCUUCCCUUUUUUUAAAAAUGUGGUGCAAAAAAUCAGAUUAAUAGAUAUCUUUAAGGUUGAAACAAUUACAUCCGACUCGUAGUUCAAUGUUAUGCUUCACUAAAAUUUUCCAUAUCUCAUUUACUGGUAAUUUUAGACUCGAAUGAGACAAGGUCAAAUUGCUGUCCAUCAUCAAGUUGAAGUUGUUAAGUUUCAUGUGUUCUUUUGGGUGGCUGAUAUGACCUCAGCCUUUAACAUACUGGGUAAUUGUGUUCAUGAUAUUGUCGUGUAUAAAUUGUGUAUAACCCUUACAUUGUAUCUUGAACAGUAGAAGUUUUUUCUUUGUGUAGUUAUGGGGCAGUGAUCUAUGAGGUGCCAGAGUGUAUCAAAGAAAAAUUGGACUACUUUAAUUGUCAAAUUAUGGUACUUUUGUUUUUAUUUACAGUUUUUAUAGGGAGCCAUUUAUUUCUCUCCAAAUUUUUGUAUUUUGGCUGUGCUUGUUCAAACAAAGUUCCCUACAGAGAACUUGUGCAACAUUUGAAGGCAAUGUAACAACUUGUCAUUAGUGAAUUGUAAAAUUUUUAACUUAAAGAGUUGGACCUAUAAGUUCAUUUUACUAAACGACUAGCAAAGGCUAGAAUACUUGUAUUUAUUCCACCAUAAUAUAUAAAAGGCUUGUAGUUUGCUGGACAAAAAACACCUUUCAUUAAAAAACUGGAUUUGACUUA